GCCUCAACUUACGGUGUCAACAAGUCCACAAUCACUCGCACAAUACAGCGGAAAGACGAGACAGGGACACAUACCACACGUCCUAGAAGCGGUCGACCUCCUAAAUUAGAAGCCGAAGAUGAAAGGGUGAUACUGGGGAGGAUUGACAAGGAUCCAAAUUGCCCUUGGGAGACCUACGGGAAGGAGUUGAAUGAUGAGGGUAAAGAAGUGAGUGGUGCCACUGUAAAGCGGCAUAUGGAGGAUAAAGAGAAUCUACACAAGCGGGUCAAAAGAGUGAAACCAUGGCUACCAGAUCAUGCAGUGGAAGACCAAAAACAAUGGGCGCAGGAGAAUGAGGGGCAGAAUUGGAAUCGAGCGGUAUGGACAGAUGAGUGUACUGUGGAGGAGGGAUCAAAGAAACAUGGACGGGAUUGGACGAUACGUCGACCCCACGAAGAGUUCUUGCCAAAACACUUCAAAGCCGACUUCCAUUCCUCACGCAUUACCAUCCCAGUAUGGAGUGCCAUCGCUUAUAAUCAUAAAUGGCCACUUUUUCGCAUUCCUAUCGAGAAAAUUCGCCUUCCAAACAACGCCAUCAAAACGGUUGGUCUCAACGCACAAAAAUACAUUAAUCUUAUCCUCCGCCCACUUCUCCAUUCCUAUGUCAUGGAACUUCAGUCGGAAGGUCACACAGAUGUUCUGAUCAUGGUUGAUGGUCACCCUGCGCAUCGCGCUGCUAUCACCCGUCAGGCCGAAGCUGAACUCCAACUCUGCCGACUCCGACACCCUCCCUAUUCCCCCGAUCUAAACCCAAUCGAGAGUCUUUGGGCUGAUUUGAAGCGAGAGUUGGACAAGUUGACCCGUAGGCCAACAACAGCCGAUCAGACGUUUGCGGAGAUGCAGAGGAUUUGGGAUGCUAUUCCAAUGUCUCGAGUGAACGGCUUGAUAGCAGGAAUGGAGACCCGAAGGCUUGCGAUUAUAGCGGUUAACGGAUUGCAGACACGCUUCUAG